GAUCGUGAGAUCGCAUCUUGUGCUGCCCUCUGGUUUCGUACGUUAGCUUUCACCGUUUUUUGCCCCCAAAAAGUCUCCUUUGUGUGCUUCGUGCUCCGUAGUGUGCUAUUGUUGACGAUCACCGGCGCGCCCGGGCAAGUUCCGAUGAGCCCCGAUGGCUUUGUAAUGAUAUUUGACAGCUAGGAAUUUCAAUUAUUACUGAAAAAUGGUUGUUGCGAUUGGUCUCGAAGGCAGUGCAAACAAAUUAGGCAUUGGGAUUAUUCGCGACGACCAAGUACUAGCUAAUGUAAGGUACACUUAUAUCACUCCUCCCGGUGAAGGAUUUAUGCCACGUGAAACUGCACAACAUCAUCGGAAACAUGUAUUAACAGUUCUAAGGAAAGCACUGGACGAUGCUAGCGUGACAAUGAAAGAAAUUGACGUUGUCUGUUACACAAAAGGUCCAGGAAUGGCUCCUCCGUUAAUAGUCGUUGCUCUGGUAGCACGUACGAUUGCUCAACUGCAUAAUAAACCCAUCGUCGGUGUUAAUCAUUGUAUUGGCCAUAUAGAAAUGGGUAGACUUAUUACUGGCUGCAAAAAUCCAACAGUUUUAUACGUCUCUGGAGGAAAUACACAGGUCAUUGCAUAUUCUCGUCAAAGAUAUAGGAUAUUUGGGGAAACGAUAGAUAUUGCGGUUGGUAAUUGUUUGGAUCGGUUUGCGAGAUUGUUAAAACUUUCAAAUGAUCCCAGUCCUGGUUACAACAUUGAACAAUUUGCAAAGAGGGGUAAAAAUAUGGUUCCAUUACCAUAUGUAGUAAAAGGCAUGGAUGUGUCUUUUUCUGGAAUUUUGAGCUACAUAGAGGAUCACCUCAAUCGAUGGCUUUCUUCGGGUGAAUUUUGCAAGGAAGAUUUGUGCUUUUCGCUUCAAGAAACCGUGUUUGCCAUGCUUAUUGAAAUUACAGAAAGAGCAAUGGCUCAUACUGGAUCGAGCGAGGUUUUGAUCGUGGGUGGUGUAGGAUGCAAUGAAAAGCUGCAGAACAUGAUGGAAACCAUGUGCAAAGAACGAGGAGCAGUUGUGCAUUCAUCCGAUGAACGAUUUUGCAUUGACAAUGGCGUUAUGAUUGCUGUAGCAGGUUUGCUCCAAUUCAAUACCGUUGGUUGUACUCCUUGGAUACAAACUACUUGCGUACAAAGGUAUCGAACCGAUGAUGUACUCGUUUCAUGGAGGGAAUAAAUGCAUGUUUUUUAUUAAAA